AUGUCAGAUACUAUGGACCGCAUACUGGCCAUACGGAAGAUAGUUACAGUUAGCCGUUGGUUUGGCCUCUGGAAGUGGCCAAAUGAGGACAAUGGAUGCCAGAUAGUGAGGAAAAUCUAUCCAUUUAUUCUGCAUCUACCACUGAGCUGCACUUGCACAGCGCUGAUGUGGAUUGAAGUGAUUAGAUCUGAGGACGUGACACAGGCUGGCAAUGUUCUAUACAUGGCGCUGACGGUGUUCGUAAUGCUCAUCAAAAUUUUCAACAUCUGGCACAGACGCCAAGAGGCCUUUGCCUUCAUAGAUGAGCUGGAACGGCAUGAAAUCUACAAAUUGCUGAGAAGUGAAGAAUUCGUGUUCUGGAAGCGCGAGCAGAAAUCGUUUCAGCGCAUCUUCUACACCUACAUCGCAGGCACCGUAGCAGUUGCCUUGACUGGCUACUUGAGCGUACUCUACCAGGAGUCGUACGAGCUGCCCUUCACCUAUUACGUGCCCUUCGAGUGGCAGAAUCCGCAGCUUUACUAUUACGCCUGGGGCUACAAUGUGCUGGCCAUGAGCUUGUCCUGCCUCUCCAACUGCCUGCUGGAUACGAUGGGCUGUUACUUCAUGUUUCACAUAGCUCUGCUCUAUCGGCUCAUGAAUCGACGUCUGCUGGCGCUGAGGGAAGCGCCCGAGGUGAAGGCUAUUCCAGAGUUGCGACACCUCUUUCAGCUGCACAAGCGCGUUCGCAGUCUAACAAAGCAAUGUGAGAUCCUGGUCUCGCCCUACGUCGUCUCGCAGGUGGUACUGAGCGCUUUAAUCAUUUGCUUCAGCCUCUAUCGUGUGGUGCAAAUGGGCAAGUCGAACACAGGCGGCUUAGCGACGACUCUACAGUUUGUGGGCGUGAUGAUUGUGCAAAUCUUUCUGCCCUGCUACUAUGGCAACGAAUUGACCGUCUCGGCUAAUCAGCUGACAAACAGCGUAUUUAACACCAAUUGGCUGGACUAUUCGGUGACUACGCGAAAAAUCCUCAACUGCUACAUGGAGUCCCUGAAACGGCCUGUCAAACUGCGUGCGGGCAUGUUCUUUGAAAUAGGUCUGCCCAUAUUUAUGAAGACCAUCAAUAAUGCAUACAGCUUUCUGGCCUUGCUCAUCAAUUUGUCAAAGUAG